CAGCUUUGGGUUUCAGUCGGACCUUUUUAUUUUUGAAUUCUUUUUUACCCUCGUUCACACACUGUAGACAUUGGUGAGAGAGAUCCUCACUCUUGUGGUCUGAAAGAUGAAUAGAAACAAUAGGCCGGAUUAACUUAACUAUAUUUCAAUUGAACUAAACGAAAUGUGCUGAUCCCGAAAUGUAUGUUUAUCUAUUCUCGUGAAACCCGAAAAAUUGGAUUAAAUGAAGAGAAAAUCGGUAAAAGAAAAUGUUGAUCAAAAUUCCAAUGACCGACAGAGUGCUCCACUGACGACGGUCUGGCAGCAUGGCAAUCCUCUUUUGAAAAAAGAGGCUAGAAAAGUCAAGAGACUACGAAAUCGGGGUAGUGUGAGAUGGUUCGAUUACAGCCUCACCACAUUCUACCACCUGUUGUUGAGUGACGAUCAUCGGCGACGAUGCAGAUGAAGGAUUUCCUAUUGUUAACAACAACCGAGAAGAACAGCUGAUAUGUGAGUGUUGUGUCGUAUUUGUGUGUACGUGUUACUUUCUAUAGCGGUGCUCUGUUCAAUAUCGACCGCAAAAACCCACGUUACGUGUAAACAGUGACCAUGACGGAAUCGACUCAAGUGGUGGUUUCUAAAGAACGAAGGAGGAUGUUGGAGAUGGCCUUUCCUCUAUACCUGAGUUACCUGACAUCGGAACAGAAACCGGCAGCGGCUUGUUUCGUCCCGGCCCAGGCCGGCAGUGGUGGUGUUGCCGGAACGCCGGCUACCGGCACUGGAACUGGCGCACCUCCGCCCAGUGGCGGAGCCCGUGCUCCAACGGCUUCCGUUCAAGUCCAGGCCAAGACGAUGGAUGGAGCGCCCGUACCCGUUGUACCGAUGGAUUGCUACGAAGACAUGUUUCACGAAAUAGCCAAGAAAUUCUACGGUGAAGGAGCACUAGUGCCUGGAGGCAUCGUUCAACAAGGAACCGACCAGAACGGAACUGUUGCCGGCGGAGGAGGCCAGCAACAACAGCAAGGACAAGCCAAUUCACAAGGGGAAUUGGGUAUGAUGGAUCUAGACUAUCAAGCGGUUGGCAAAGAUGGCCAUUAUCAGACGACGGGUCAAGGAGCUUCAGCGGGUCCCACGUUGAUUGUUCAGACGACAGGCGGUCCCGUGUUGCAAGUGACGAUGGAAGCGGCUCCGCACGUCAAUACGGGCGGACACCAUCCAUCGCCGCCCAAGAAACCCAAAAUGAGCGUCAAGUUAAAAAAAGCGGCGGCUGCAGCGGCGGCAGCGGCCGCAGCUGCUGCAGCAGCAGCCGCCGCCGCCGCUCAAAACAACAGCAACGCGGCCGGAGCCAGCGGCAAACCCGUCGAAUCCACAUGGGUGGAGAGCGAUGACCUACUACCAUGGAACUCGUCAAAAGUGGCUUCUUACAAUGCAACUCACAAGCUGUUUCGAUGCUUGGAUUGCGGCUGCGUGGGUUUCCUGGCCCGCAUCGCCGAGCAUUGGCUAGGAGCGCACGCCAACCUGCGUGUGUUCCAGUGCCCGCGUUGCCACUACAAUUCGGCGUGGGCUCGCUGCAUCCGGAUGCACCUGGCCCGCCAACACAACGAACAGAACCCGGACAGUUCGCUGUGGCGCGAGAAUCCCGUGCUGGAGGAGGUGACCAAAUACCUUUUGGCGCUCAAGAACCGCGUCGAGAGCAAGGACGAAAUGCCGUCGCCAGGCAACGGAGCGGGCGGCGGAGGAGACAAACGGUACUCAUGUCCUUAUUGUCCGUACGCCACCGAUCGGAGGGACCUAUACACGCGGCACGAGACCAUUCAUAGUGAAGAGAAGCCCUUCCAGUGCUUCAUUUGUGACAAGCAGUUUAACCGGGCCGAUCACUGCAAAAAACACUUUAGUCGCAUGCAUAGGGAUACGGCGUACGAUUUACAAAAGAUUAAGAAAGCUGCGGGAGGUGAUGGUCAUCACGGUGGACAUCACGCAACGGCAGCCGCCGCCAAAGCACCAGCUGCUCACGUUGUUGUUGCCGCAGCUGUUCCUCCUACUCAAGUCCCUUUCUACACAACCGUGGCGGUACAACAGCAACAACAACAACAGCAGCAGCAAAGUAGCCAAUCGGUGGCCAGUCAAAACAAUCAACAACAACAGCAGCAGCAACAACAACAACAACAGCAACAACAACAACAACAGCAAGUGGCGGUCCAGCGUCCUCCUGCGACAGUUGUAGCGGCCUAUCAAUCCCAUUUGGGGUUGCCGGCCUUCCCCAGUCAGCCCACACCUACGCAAGCCUAUAAAAGUUACACAACACUCGGAGUGGAAGCCUUAGUCCGACCGACUCACACCAUCGCCACACCGACGAGUCAGCAGCAGCAGCAGCAAAACAGUUCGACGUCGGGUCAGUCGUCGCAGGCGUCUGGCGGUGGCGAGAAGAAGAAGAAGGAAAAGUUGUACGCCUGCACCUAUUGCGCCUGGCGAGGAGUGGACAAUUGGUGCCUCAAACGCCAUCUCAACACCCACAUCAAACCCUACCUCUGCGUCCUGUGCGACUACAAAGCGGCCCGCUCCGAACGGCUGGCCACUCACGUCCACAAAGUUCACAAUAAGCGAAUUUGCGGCAAGUGCAACUUUUUAGCCGACGACCAGGACGCCCUCAGCCAACACAUGCGUGAACAUCAUCAGAAUCCCGUAGUCAAAUCGGAGAGGAGUAUCGUCAACGCCAAGGGCAAAAAGGCAAAUCAGCAGAAGCCACUGAUGGAUCAAAUGGAUGAAACGGGACCGGAUGUCGUGGGGAUGGAAAAUCGUCCUAAUCAAAUUCUGCUUCAGUGUGAACUGUGCGAUUUCCGUACCACCGAUGGCAACCUAAUUCAUGCCCACUUGGCCGAAAACCAUCACCGUUCAACAAAUGGUACAAUGGAAACCUGCCAAAAUUGAUGGAUUCGCCAAUAUAAUCUAUUGGAAAGAAUAUAUAAUUUUACAUCCAUUUAUUUUUAAUUUUGCACAAUUAACCUGAGUAGCCUUCAAGUAAUCCGUUCAUUUACACAGGUCGUCGUUAUCGUUUAAUAAUGUUCCCGUUAUAAUUUUUACCGAAUGUUUACCCCUGCCAAUUUAAGUGUUGCCGAUUUAAAAAAAAAUCACAUUCGAUUGUUUACAACUAUGCUGCUGAAAAUAAAGAGUAAAAGACAUACGAUAUAAA